CACACUUUAUGCGCGUGUCGUAGUAAACUGUCGAGCACACACAGAUAUUAUAUAUAUGGUAGUGGCCUCGUAUUCACCGCGUUCCAGUGACGAAAACAACGUGAUGGUUUUGCUUCCCGUUUCGGUUUAUCGGAAGGUUUCGGCAAUGCAGAUCUGUGUUCAACACUUUAUCUGAAUACUGACGAAAUCACGGAAAAUGUUUAGCCUGAACUUCCCUGGCAACAUAGAUUCACACUUUUGUUUUUUACCACAUGAGCUUCCAUAUUCUGGUAUUGUUAUAUAUACAAGCUUCCCGGUGGGAUUUGUUGUACAAACAGUACAUUGUGCCCAUUUGUGUUGAGUGGGAAUAAAGCCAGGCAGCUUAGGCAAACUUGGCGAAACAUUGUAACCUACAGCUUUCUGUGUUUCUUCCUGUCUCUUUUUCCCUUUCUUUAUUUCUUUUUUGUUAUUCCUACUAAAACAGGGGCAGUUGCGUAUCAGUAAGUUAUCGCACUUUAGUAUCGUUAUGCUUGUCAUUUCUUCUUGUUUUAUCAGCAGUUAACGUCCUUCAGUUUUAGUAGUAAAGUUUCUUCUUCUUUUGCCGUUGGACAUCUGCGUUUUCCGUUUGCUAUGAAAAGAAGGCACAACAGAGUCACUGGUUAGAAAAGUAACAUUUAUAUAUUAUAUUUACUACAGUGGAAAUUAGAUAAUAUUAUUCGUUUCUCGGUUGAUCUCCUCGUUAAGAAAUAUGCUUUUUAUUGUCGGAAAUUAAUAAUAAUGCGCUCUACCAAAAAAACAUGUUAUGGUCUUGGUUCAUUCAUACGUACACUCCAUACACUUGCAUUUCCCUGUGAUAUAGGAAGACCUUUACCUCUGUUGUGCAUUGCAAUAUUGCUGCGUUAUACCCACUAAGUACAAAUAUGCCAUCAUUAACAGUGUAGAGCUGUAAUGGCCAGUUGUCGCUAAGUGUACCCUGUCUUUAAGGUUGGUUUCGCUUGUCCUUUAUGCGCGAAUAACGUAUUUGGACCAGGGUCAUGUCCACAUAAACAGAAAUUGAGAGUCCAAGAUCCAUGACACAGUUUUUUUCUUCGUUUGAAAAUGAUUAUUUCUUAGUAAGCCGUGUAGUGUAAAAAUAGAAAUCGGAUGAAAAGUACUAAAAGCAGGCAUAUAUGCUGAAUGCUUAUACAAGUGAGCGGCAGAGACUUACUCGAAGCACCUGUAUACAGAGAGAGGGAUUAUAUUGCAGUGUCGAAUAUUAAGGGCACGUGGCCGAAUAAAAGACGGCCAGCUGAACUGACGAGCAGCGUCAUCUAUUUGAUGCCACUGUGUAUGUGAUCCAUUUAGCUUUGACAACCGGUCCGCUGGAGCCGCCAGGUUUUGAACCUUGCCUGAGCGUAGCAAAGAUCUCAUACACAAGUAUAAACAGCAAUGCGUUUUCCUGGUCAUUGCCUUUGAUGCGCAAUCCUAGCGCAAUGACCAUGUAAGAGUCCGGCUUUUUCCUGGUAGCCGCCGGCGCUGCGAACGCAUUGUGUAACAUGCCCGCGUGUGGUUCGUUUUUCCCGAUCGCCUAUCUUUGUGGAGUAUGGUGGAGCUUGGAGAGUGGCCAGCUGAUAAACAUUUAUGUGUGGAAAGAUGUUGGGAAUUCUCGACAAAGGAUAAGUUGUUAAAUAAAUGGAAGAUGAUAGCACGACUUCAUCUCAGAUCAUUUUGGAAAUUAAGCGCUGCUCACAAACUGGCAUGUGCAUGGCCAAGCCACAAGUGCUGCAGGUUCAACGAUUGUACACAACUCAUAAAAGCAGCUGCAGUAGAUUUCUAACAAAACAACAAAAGUUCAAGAAAAGCAAACGCAAAAGAUAGAUACAGUAAAAUCAACAUAUUUAGCGCAAGUAAACGAAAAGAAUCACCAAAACAAGUUGAGCCAGUUCUCCAUGAAAACAACAAUAUUGGCACAAAAAAAGCAGAUAGCACAAAUAACUAAGAAAUACAAGACCGUGGUAGGUUUAAGAAAAUAGACAAAGUAUGGUUUACACAUAAAGAAAGUAUGAGGUCUCUUCGAACCAUAUUUAAUGACCAUUUACAUUUAGGACAAAGCAAUCGAGCAUUCCAUGAAAGGAGGCCGACAACGAGUAACAGUUUUCUCCUUCCUUCUCUCUUACAUGGAAUGACAAUGAGACCUCUCUUUGUUGUGUCAGACAAGUCCCAUAACCGAUAAACUGUAGUUCCGGGCUAAGGCUUCCCUCACUCGGACAUCGUUGACGAGUCCCAAAGCAAUAUCGUCUCUUUCAAGUGGAACGUCAGGCCAGCAGACGCAAAGCAAAAGCUACAACUUCACUAUUCGUAUCCAAUGCCAAGUUUUUUGCUGAUACGCUGUUUACGCUUCAUGCCUUGUCCACAUCCGACGGCAAAGAUGAGCAUCAUCCAAGCGUUUGCCAAAGACACGUCGGCAAGCUUCGAGUGACCGGAAUCUUAAACAGCGUACCCCUUGACACAGGAUGCAAGAGAAAGUGAUAACUGCACAUUCCGGCUUUCCCGCUUCACGUGCAACUGGGCAACUAAAAUAAGCGCGAUAUGCCACUUUUGCUCGAGGGUCCUUGACACCUUGAUGAGGGAAGACCAGCUUACCAUUUAAUAUAAGCUGCAUGAAACAGGGAAAUGGACAGUGUCAAUGUUAAUGGCGUUGCCAGUACCAUAGGUCGGCAAAGUAAAAUGAACUCAUUCAUUCUCACUCAAACAUUGUUUUAUUUUUUGCUCGGGGCUGCGCGUGGACUCAGACUAAUCACAAUUCUACGGAACUGGGCUCACUUGAACUCAACCUCACUAGAGUUUUACUAAGCCUGGCUCACUCGCACUCAAACGCACUAAAGAUCUAUGCUCAGCCACGUUUCAAUGGAAGUGAAUUCCGCACAUUAUUCCACACAAUUUCACACAAAAUUGCCGCCCAAAUGCCCGCUCGAAGCAUUUUGCGUGCAUUCGCGGGCUUCUUUCACGCUCGAAAACACACUUUUAUGUAGCACGUACUGAGGAACAGAAAGCUGUAUCGCGAAUGUUUCAUGUUGCUCUACAAUGUUCGCAUUGAUACUUUUCUUUUAAUUAUAACAUUUGACAAGAUUAUUAAAUAAUUAAGGCUAAUUAUGUAAUUAGGCGGAAGGAACAAAACAGUUUGAGUAUCUCCAAACGACGGAAAACAACAUUAGCUUUAUUCUGUACAACUACGUGGCAUUUGCAUAUUUUCAAACUCUGGCUAAAGUUGGCUGGGGCACCCUGUAUAUGCUCUUACUCGAAUAGAUCAUCGUGUGUUUUGCCGUACUAGAAUGAAUAUAGCAGAAAGAUUUUGGUAAGAUUGAGCAGUCAUAUAGCUCACAUAGGAAACAAAGUGUGUCAGUCAGUUGGUUUUCUUUCUAGAUGUUGAUAUUAUUUCUCUACAUGACUUAAGCUUAUACUUAACACGCUGUCUUUCAUUCUCAUGUUUGGUCUCGCGCACGAUAUCAAAAACUAACAUUAGGAGACUAGUAGUCCUAAAAGAAAACACUGAGGCAUACUGCUCGUGUUGGUUACAGAACGCAGACUAUCUAUUUUUGGUAGGUAGAAUAAUACUCGUACUGCAACAACACUGCAAUAUAGGCUACUUUAUUACAUUAGAUUUUCACCACCAGCCGUGACUGAGUUUUUCCAAAUCACUUGCUACUAUAAGCUCAGAAAAUGUUGUUCCUACCAUAGGUCGGCAAAAUUAACUGAACUCGUUCAGCCUCACUCAAAAAAUAAAAUAUAUUUUUGCUUGGAGCUCACCCGCACUCAGACUCGUAGGAACUUAGGUGAAUUCAGUCGGACUCAGACUCACAAAGAUUCUGUUCAGUCGUGGUUCCUCGGACUCACGCACUAUAGAAUCAGGCUAAGGUCGGUCCAGUUGGCCUACAUACUGUACCUCGGGCUGUCUCGGUAACAUAACACAUAAUAUAACGUGCUUUAACCGAGACUAAUACGUAGCACCCGCCGAGAGAUUACAAACGCUAGAUGUUUAAGAAAAAAGUACGCGCAACAGUUUUAAAUAUAAAUGAACGUUCCUUAUUUCCUAUUUUCACUGUCUUUUAAUAAAUAAGUACGACGCACGAUCUUGGAAGUGUUGGAACAUUUUGCUCAGCGAUAGAAUGUGCGCAACGAAUCUUUAAAUAAUUUAGAAAUCUUUAUUUGCGCGUUUGGGCAUGCAUGUUUGGGCAUGCGUGUUUGGGCAUGCGUGUUCAUACGCGUUUUCUUUUUUUGUUGGCGCAUGCGUGCGUACAAAAAAUAUUACUCUGCUGGACUCGCUAAGACUCGAUACUCACCAAUAUUCUGUUCAUCGGUCGGUCUUACUCUGAGAAAGUGAACUCAUAAACAGUAUACCAAGGCAGUGUGUCGAUCGGUAGUCCCACCAUUGAGCAGAAGCUACUGGCCCUCUGCAUAAUUUUUUUUAGUUUUUAAUUAAUUUGACACACAGGCGUAAAGUACAAAUUACCCUGUCAGCUCAGUUUGAACGGUCAACGGUGGCAAGUGAGUGGAAAGCUUAGUUGUGAAGAGUGCUACUAUGAAAGAACUAGGACGUACUGUCAAACCUUUGAUUGUACUGCUUAGGUUCCACGCUCACGCGAGGAAUAAAAUACGGUACAACCUGCACUCAUCCUUCAUUUCUAUAGAUUGCUCCAUGGAAUACAACGCUUGGUGCGUCUUAUCUGAAUAUAUAAACAGACUAUAUCUACAUAUUUAUGCAAGUGCUUCUGUCCAGUAAAUUAGAGUAGUGAUCUAUGUGGGAAAAAUCAACUUAAGCACCUCGUUAGCAUGCAAAUCCAUAACUGACUAGCGAACAAGAUUCGGCCCCUAGAUGUUUCAAUUCAAGAGUGAACGACAACGGUGUCAUGCAAACUGGAAGGCGCGUGAAAGCUAUACUUCAAUGAAGUUCAUUGCAUGGCAUUAGCAAUGUAGGCAAUAAUCGUUACAUGAUGUCAUUUCAGAUGUCUACAGAACUGCUUGUGAACGUGUGAGUCACACAAAAGUGCGUUUUAUGACAAUUUUGCACAACCGGGACUCAAUUAAAUAUAUUGGAAGUCCAAGACUCGCUAACCACCGACUUACCCCGAAUAUAAACGUCAGCGGAUUGGGUCUCAUUCGACACGGCAUGAAUAGUGCGCGUCUUUCUGUAGAACAGGCUGUUGUUAUGCUUGAGUAUGUAAUUACCUUCAAUUCCAAAUCACCUGCCGUUAAUUGGCAGCGUCUAACAAGAUUCGCAUGUUGACUGCGCAUUCUCAACAGUUAUCUCGGGCAUACCGUCAACAGGAGACAUGAUAAGAAAACUGCAUCGCUACAAAGAAUUGAGGCCCUCAAUAGGAGCGAAAUACAUCUUUACCUCUAAGCGCUCUGCAUUCGUUAUCUGUACAAACCUUGGACAGAAAUAUCUGCGGCGCAAAACACAAGGGAGUGCGAAAACAAUAUAAGCUUCUAACGCCAUACGAAAACAUUACACUGGCCAAACUAAAUCGUUCUUUCGGUAGCAAACUAAAUGUCCACAAAAUGUAAUUGGCUGCAAACAUGCCUAAUCAUUUUUUUCAUCCAUUCUAAAAAGACGCGACUACAUUACGUAUUUCUAAAAACAAGAAUACCGUACCUUUAAAAACAUACUCAGUGCCCUUGCACUCUGUGAAGAAGGAUGAUCUGCGAAGCUGUGUAUGUGGGCCCCUUAAUCGCGAACUGCACGUCCGCCGUGAGUCGGCCCUGCAUUGCACUGUCUUUGUGAUCGGCCUACGUAUGGAGAGGGCUUAACGCCUGCUUUAUCUGCACUGCGGGUUGGCCGGGCAUUUCACUCUCUGGGAUAGGCACACAUAUGGGGAGUUUCUUGCUUACCACGCCAACGACUCGAAAAUUUCCUUGGAUGGUAGAGGUAUACAGCGGAUCUGUAAAAGGUAAAAAUGCACGGCGUAUAUAUGUAUAUAGGCAUAUCAAAAGAAAAUUGAGCCCAUGUGCCAUAUGGCAAAUCGUCAAUUUUUUGUGUUGCAACUGGGUUCAUAACCUUAGCAGCCGACAACGGGAAUUACGCUGGUUAUUUGUUUUACUUCGGUUCUUUCCUUACAGCUCGCUGCAGCAUGCUUGACUUCUUGCCUUUAUAUAGUCGCUACUCACAGUACAUACAAACUGGUUGCGAGCCAGCUCAUGUUGUUGUGCCUCACUGGCACAUUAGUUCUUCAUUAACGCUUUAGUUCUCCUCGACAUAGAUUAAGUUACCGAGGUUAUCUUCGUACCACUUCAACGGAGCAGCACUAAUUCCCACUGGAAUAUCCCCGCCUCCUAUAUUGUUGAGGGGCUGAUACAUCUGUAACUUCAUUUCCGACAUGCCUUGACAAGGAAUUCUCUAAGUAGCAUUAUCUACUUUGUGAUAACCGUCCGGGAAGUCUAAGCGAAGCACACUGGUGUUCCGUGUAUUGUCUUCACCGAAACCAGUUCCUCACCCGCCUUUGGUGCACUACGAGUAAUGUUCGCGCACACCGAUGGGUUCCAUGCGAGCACAGGGUCUGCAGUGAGCAAUGUCCAACAAGGCAAGGCGCCGAAUCCACCCUGCGAAUCGCCAACCGAGGGUAAGGCCAAAGAACAGACACCUGCUGCCCCUCAAGAAACGUCAUCGGCAGCGCGUGCCGAUAAGGCGGCCCUCAAGCGACAAGUUGGACUGGGAAGCGCAGUCGCCCUUAUUAUUGGGAGCAUCAUCGGUUCGGGAAUUUUCGUUACACCUAGCUCCGUAUUCAGAAACUCCGGCUCCAUUGGCGUAGACUUGCUAGUGUGGAUUGUUUGUGGAAUCUUAAGCAUCACAGGCGGGCUGUGCUACGCCGAGCUGGCGACGCUUCUGCCGACGUCGGGUGGAGACUACGCGUACCUGACGGCUGCCACCAAGGGCCUGGGUCGCUUCGGCGACGUGGUGCCGUUCCUCCAGAUGUGGUGCUACUCUCUGGUUCUGGACCCGAUGAGCGCCGCGUUGCAGGGGCUGACCUUCUCCAGCUACGCGCUCAGCAUCGUCUAUCCAACCUGCCAAGCGCCCUACGAGACGACCGUGCUCGUGGCGCUGAGCUUCACUACUCUAGCAACUGCCGUCAACUGUUUCUCUGUGAAGACUUCUGCAAGAGUUCAAGACAUCUUCUCUAGCAUAAAGUGCCUCAUUUUGAUAUCAGUAAUUAUUACUGGAGCAGUAUUCGCUUUCAAAGUUACUGACAACCAUUUUCAAGACGAAGCAUUGUUCAGGAAGCCUGAGUCCGCAAGCCGACUCGUCCUUGCAUUUUACGGCGCACUCUACUCGUACGGAGGAUGGAAACAAAUAUGCCUAAUCGCUGAAGAGGUCACUGAGCCACACAAGAACAUUCUGAGGGCCACCCUGAUUGGUAUCCUAGCGGUGACCGCCAUAUACGUGCUGACGAACGUCGCCUACUUCGUCGUCUUGGACCCGAACACCUUCGCCACCUCCGAAGCCAUCGCCGUGUCCUUCACCGCUGCCACGUGGGGUGGCAAUGCCGCCGGCAUCAUACCGGUCGCCGUUUCCAUAAGCACGUUCGGCACGCUUUGCGCCGGUUUCUUCAGCUCUGCCCGCGUCAUCCUAGCCGCGUCCAGACAGGGACACCUAGCACCGGUCUUCUCCUGCAUCACCCUCCACACAUCGACACCAGUGGCCGCGAUCAUGCUCCGUGGCAGUCUGGCCCUGGCGUUCACUUUCAUCGGUUCCAUUUCGUACCUGAUCGAGGGAUCUGUGUUUCUGGAAAAUGUAUGGGAGAUUGUGGUGCUCCUGUGUCUCUUCGGCCUCCGCCACACGAUGAAGGACGCCCACAGACCUUACGCCGUUCCGCUGCCCUUGGCCGUCGUCAAGUUCCUCGUGUCUGUAGCGCUGGUCGUUAUACCCCUGCUGAGACCCGUCGACUGCGUGCAGUACGUGGUCAUUCUGGCCAUGCUGGUCGCCGGUGCUGUGUACUAUACUGUGUUCGUUGCGUUUUCGUGCAGUGUUCCAGGAACUAAACCCCUCACGCGGUUCAUCCAGAAGUUACUUCUUUCGGUGCCUUGCACGAAUGACCUGGAGAUCAUGUUGAAGGAGAAGCUGUGAUAAACCUGAGCGUUGUUAUGGUUCAUAGAAAGCCUGACUCUGUGUGGAUAAUCCCGGAGGAGUAUCUGCGUGCUACGUGUGAGAAGAGAUCUUGUUAACGACGGUGAGCAGCUGCUCGCUUACAUCAUUAAGCCUUCACAUCCAUCAAUUGCGUUUCGUAGUUAGGCCAUCGAUAGAAUGUGUAGGCGUCUGAAGCAGGUCGCCGACCAGAUCCGCAUAACAAGCGCCCAGCUCACAGCUUUCAGAACGCAUUGCUUUUGUUAUGACAGGCGGAUGGUUUUAGAAAACAGUGUGCACUAUAUUGUGAAUCAUUAUUCUACAUUACCCUUUAACUACCUCCGAGAACUAGGAAGACGUGAGAGUGUUCAAAAUUUAUGAUGUCUAUGUGCAGUGGGGAUGGCAUUCUUCUGUUGAGCCCGAGGUGCAGUCGGAUUGAAUUAAGGCCAUUGAAGCACCAUUCCCGUUAGACCAGAAUGGAAACGGAUAAUGCAUUUCUAUUUAAUUAAAAGGUUAAUGAGCCAUGGUAACCAAGCGCUAGUCUUUCAAUAUGACCCGCUUCAGAGGAUUUCGUUCAUCCCUCUUUCGUUUCCUUUUUCUUCCUUUCUUAGUGCAGGGAAGCAGGUUAGGGCUAGAUAUAAGACAAUAAAUUUAUGUUUUCUAAUAUGACCAUACGGCAUUAUUGUACAUGUGGCACAGGUGUGAUAUGAGAUUAUUUGAUAGGGGUGCUCAAGUUCGGGUCGACUUCUCUGUCUUUCUGUAAAUAAAUUCAUCCACUGCUACUACUACGCUA